UGAGCAAUAUGGCAGGGCUGCCAGCUGUCAAAUUUAGCUGUCACUUAGCCAUUUUCCACAUUUUCCACAUUUGUCUGCUUUUUCUGAUGUCCAUUGAAAAAUAUAUAUCUUCGGAUCCAAGGCAUUGUUCAUGUAUAUUUGCUGCUUUGUUAAAAAAAUAAACAAUUAACAUAGCAACGAUAAUCGGCGCAAGACGGGAGAGAAUGAAUGCGCAGUUCCAUACACCAUCAUUCGGAGACGAGAUAGUAUUUGAUUUGCCAGACAACGAAACCGAUUGCAGAACUACUAUUGCUAGCGUUCAAGGUGGUGCAGGAAGUUCCACCGUGCCAAAUAAAUCCACACAUCAACAACAGAAAGCAGGAGUUUUUCCGCCGCAGCCGUUAGAGUCAAAAAGAAUUCGUAACAUGGAUGUGUCUACGGACGAGUACCACAGCGCCAAUGAUGAAUCUUUCGCGAAUACUGCGUAUGCAGUAUCUCCCCCGAAAAGCGCUCAAUCCACACCAACAGCCACACUCGCAGCACGCAAGCAGCUAACCCCAACUGCGACAAACGCCAAUGAGCCCGCCAAACCGCUAUCGGCAUAUGGACUCUUCUUUCGCGACACUGUAAGCGCAAUAAAACAACAAAAUCCAAACUGUACUUUUCAGGAGCUAUCAAGAAUCGUAUUGUCAAUGUGGGAGGCACUGGAUGCUAGCCAUAAGAAUGUGUACAGCAAGAAACAUGAAGCAGCUAUGAAUGAGUAUAUAAAACAAAUGCGCAUAUAUCAGCAGCAGCAGGAGGAACAGCAACAACAGCAGCAACAGCAACAGCAACUGCAACAACAACAAUUGACUACAAGUGUAAAUGCAACACCAACACCCGCUCUGCAGACCAAACCGGCCGUCUUUACAAUUUCGCGUUUCAAUACGGAUGGCAAUAGUAAUGCAAAUUACAACAAUGUUACAACCAAUAACGACGUAGUGGCAAAUGCAACUCAGCCACAGUUGCAGGCUCAAGCACCGACACAGAUCGCCACCAAUACCGCCACUAGCACCACAACCACAGCUAAUGCACCAACGCAGCCCCAAAUACAAUUGCUUAGUGAAGCUGGUGCAGUGCAAAAAUGUACCCGUGAGAAUUGUAAUAAACGCGCUAUUAUAAAUCCCGAUUGGGAAGAUGAAUAUUGUAGUAAUGAGUGCGUUGUAAUUCACUGUCGCAAUGUGUUCAAUGCCUGGGUGCAAUCGAAUUUGGAAUCACGAAAGCAAUAACAGCGGGCCUAUUGGGGAGGGGCUGCUGCUGCUGGUAAAAAAUAAGGCAUGCAUACAUCGGGCGGAUUUUUUUGUUGUGUUAGCAGCUUUUAGGGGGAGGCGGUUUAGGCUACGAUGGUGGUUGAAAUAUUUGUGUCAUAUUUAGUAUAUGAAUGAGCAAUAUGCAUUUCCGCCUACAACAGCAUUGUUUACAUACACUAUUGCUGUGUUUAUCAGUCAUUAAGCUUGCACAGACAUUGUUGAGCUCAUAAGAAACUUAGACGAUAACAUAUUUGUAGCAGCGGCGAAAGCGAAAUGAAUAACCACAAUGUACGCUGUUGGUCGUACUGUGUAUUUCGAAAUACGACAAGAUACUUGGAAUCAGAUGUUUACGCGUGUUGAAGUCAGCUGAAAACGGGCCAUACAUUAAGCAUACGUGCUCUAUAUUUUCAUUUAAAAUUUUACCCAUAGAUUU